AUGGUUCGAUUAAACUCUACCUGUUUUCAGCAAUUCCUACCGCAUCUGUCCAAUGCCGAUGAACGAGCAUUCGUGAUAGUAAACAAGGAUGGCGACUAUGCCAUCGUUAAGGGCAGAUGGACGGGUUUCUCCAGAAAGCAGCCUGCUUCGAAAGGUCAAAAAGCGAAACCGGGCUCCGCUGGUCGACUUCUCGUUGAUGCCUUCAACCUUCUGAAAAAUACAGUGCAAAAAAUCGAAGUGCCAUCUCCUGAGGGUUCAACGUUAUUCGUGAUUGGUGAUGCACAAGCACGUCUUCCGGGUAAGCGGAUAGAGUGCCGAUCAAAACGAAUACCGCAGAGCAAAUUGCCUCAGUCUUUUGUGUCUCCACCCUGUUCGUGCUUUGCAAUCCAGACAAGGUACGUCGCUAUUGACCUUACUUCCCGUUAUGACCGACUUUUUCACAGAGGUUCGUGA